CAAUAUAACUCAUAAAUGUUAUCUGUGUUUCCUAAAACAGAUGUAUGCCAUAUAGAUUGUUCUUUUGAUGUGAACUUGUGUAACUGGAAACAAUCAACGAGUGAUAACAUGGACUGGAUACACUGGAAUGGCUCAACCCCUUCCGAUUUUACUGGACCAUCAUUUGACCACACAACAGGAUAUGGCUACUAUCUAUACAUUAAUGGACAGGAUUCAGAAGAGGGAGACUUUGCAAGAUUGGAGAGUCCUGCAAAUUGUUUCACUGGAACUCAUUGCUUACAGUUUUGGUAUCACAUGUAUGGAGCAGCAAAAUACAUGAUGCUGAGGGUGUCAGUACUAAGAGAUUAUGGUUUGGAAGAUGUCUUCACUAUAGAAGGAGAUCAUGGGGACAUGUGGUAUUUAGAGAAGAUUUUCCUGCCUGAAAGUGAUAUUAUCCAGAUUUUCAUUGAUGGUGUCAGAGGUGAAGAUUUCCGCAGUGAUGUUGCUAUAGAUGAUAUUUCUUUUUACCCAGGAUAUUGUACUGCAGCAACAACUACCACCACCACCACUGUAACUACAAAACCGACAGGUUCUACUGUGUCAUCAACUAAAACCACAUCAUCACCAGAUGUAUGCCAUAUAGAUUGUUCUUUUGAUGUGAACUUGUGUAACUGGAAACAAUCAACGAGUGAUAACAUGGACUGGAUACACUGGAAUGGCUCAUCCCCUUCCGAUUUUACUGGACCAUCAUUUGACCACACAACAGGAUAUGGCUACUAUCUAUACAUUAAUGGACAGGAUUCAGAAGAGGGAGACUUUGCAAGAUUGGAGAGUCCUGCAAAUUGUUUCACUGGAACUCAUUGCUUACAGUUUUGGUAUCACAUGUAUGGAGCAGCAAAAUACAUGAUGCUGAGGGUGUCAGUACUAAGAGAUUAUGGUUUGGAAGAUGUCUUCACUAUAGAAGGAGAUCAUGGGGACAUGUGGUAUUUAGAGAAGAUUUUCCUACCUGAAAGUGAUAUUAUCCAGAUUUUCAUUGAUGGUGUCAGAGGUGAAGAUUUCCGCAGUGAUGUUGCUAUAGAUGAUAUUUCUUUUUACCCAGGAUAUUGUACUGCAGCAACAACUACCACCACCACCACUGUAACUACAAAACCGACAGGUUCUACUGUGUCAUCAACUAAAACCACAUCAUCACCAGUGUUUCCUAAACAAUGUGGCUAUAUCAAUUCUGACAGCCUGCUCAUUUGA